GGGGCGGCAGGACUUCAUCUGAGGAAGAGGAGCAGACGCCGCCUGCACGCGCCGCGGGGGGAGCGAAUAGGCCGCGCUCCCUCCCGAGGGCGACGCCGCCGGAGAGGCCCCGCCCCCAGCAGCCCCCCCGCCGGGCGGCCGGAGGUCGGGCCCUCUGCGCCUGCGCACGCGUCUGCCGGGGUGGCGGGAAAGCGGCUGGAUGGCGGCGGCGUCUGUGGGCCUCGGAGGGGCCGGAGCGGAGGGGGACGAGGCGCCCGAAGGCCCGCUUCCCUCCCUGCGGGGCGGCGAGGCGGCGCAGCUGUCGGCCUACGAGAGGAAGCGGCUGAAGAACAUCUCGGAGAACGCCCGCUUCUUCGCCUCGCUGAAGCUCUUCGAGUCAGCUGCCAGACUUCGUAAAAUGACCUUGAAAAGGAAGACACCAGGAAUAAAGAGAGUUAAGUCUCCAAAGGCAGAAACUAAGACAACUUGUCGAAGAUCCAUGCGUUUGCAGAGAAUAGAUCCACUGGGCAUUCCCCUCCCGGAGCCAGAAGCAAAGCUGGAAUCUCCUAUGGAAGAGGAGCAUUCCCGAUUGCCACCUGGACCUCAUCCAAUGGUUGCUACUGUUCAGGAGCCAAAAACUGACACGUUUCUCAGCAUGUGGGCAAAAAUAAGCCAGGUGGAAGGAAAGAAGAGUGAGAAAAGCUCAUGUAACUUAGAAAGUUACAAAAUUCAUCUCCGUGGGAUGGUCCUCAGAGAAGAACAUGUUGCAAAAGUGGUGAAAAGCCGGAUUUAUUCUGUGGCUGUCCAUCCAUCUGAAAGCCGAACUCUGGUGGCAGCUGGGGACAAGUGGGGAGAGAUUGGCCUCUGGGAUUUAGACUACGGUUUAGAAAAUGGAACCCACAUCUUCAUACCCCAUAGCCAGGCAGUCAGCUGUUUGCACUUUUCUCCCGUUAAUCCUGCUCAUCUUUUAUCUCUCAGUCACGAUGGCACGAUACGAUCUGGAGAUGUAACUCAAAGAAUUUUUGAGGAGAUAUAUCGAAACGAGAGCUACAGCCUUUCUUCAUUUGACUUCUUGGCAAGCAAUGCCUCUACUUUGGUUGUAGGAAUGUGGGAUGGAAGGGUAGCCAUAGUGGAUCGGAGAACGCCAGUGCCAUCCCCCGAGAUCUCGGUAGAUCUUCAUUCAAAGACGAGGACGGUCCACGUUCACCCUAUCAGUAGACAGUACUUUGUUGCUGCUGGGGAAAGAAACGUCAGUAUUUAUGAUGCUCGGCACCUGAAGAGCAAAGGUCAGCCGGUACUGGCUCUCAGUGGACAUACCAAGAGUGUUGCUUCGGCUUAUUUUUCACCUGUGACUGGAAACAGAGUAGUGACAACUUGUGCUGACGAUACACUGAGGAUCUUUGGAACUCAGUGUUUAUCAUCUUUAGCUCCGAUUCUCACAACUAUUCGGCACAACAACAACACUGGUCGAUGGCUGACCAGGUUCCGGGCAGUUUGGGACCCCAAAAGGGACGACUGCUUCGUGGUGGGGAGCAUGACCCGGCCGAGGCAGAUCCACGCCUUUCACGCCACCGGAGAGCUGCUGCAUUCCUUUCUGAGUGAGGAUUAUCUUAACUCUGUUUGUUCCAUCAAUUCCUGGCACCCCACCAGAAUUACGACAUGAAAACUUUCCCCCCACUGCAUAGAAGCAUCAUUUACUACAGACUGAGGUAGGAACACCACACUAGAAGUUUUUGUUGCUUUGUUGCAUAAAACAUUAUAAAUCCUUGGAUAGCUCCCUCCAUCUUCUCAUAGACAAUACAAAGUGUAAUGUUAUCUGUUCCUCUUGCAAAAACCACAAUUGCUUCUGGCUCCUGAGAGGCUGGCCGUGGUAUUUAAUGGUUGACUCUGAGGUGACUUGACCGGGAUCUUCGCUAGCCAAGGUGCAUGCACCCCGUGUAUUGCUAAUGCUGUUAAUUGUGCUCUUUUUUGAAUGCGAAUGACCGGCUGUGGAGGAAAAGUUAAUGCGCAAAGUCCCACCUCCGUGGCCUCCUUCCCAUGGGUUCUGGCAGUGCUUCGGUUCUGCUGAAUUCGGAGGGCCUGUGCGCAUAUAUGUGGCUGCUCGGGCAGAGUCAACAUCAUGAAACCAGCCUCUUGAAACAUUUCUGAUUAGAUCCCCAAACGACCUGAAAUCUCUCCCUGAGAUGAAAUAGAACCCUUGCCAGUCAGAUUCCGUGCUCUUGCUCUCUUCCCGUGUGUUAUUGCUCCCUGUACAAAUGAGCUGCUUUUGGAGAGUACUCUCUGGGUCACAAAACAAAAUACAAAAAAGUCUGGAUUUCUUUUGCUUUGGAGAUUUGAUUGUUUGAUUGUUCUCUCGAUGGUUACUUGUCAUUUCUCCUAAUUUUCAUUUUAAAUAGCACAAAACAGCCCACUUUUUAGAAACAAUGGAUGGUUUAUGCAGUGUUAACACGUUGUUCUAAAACAUUUGUAACCUUGUGAGUAUCUGUCACUUGAUAUCCCAACACUACAUUUAUCCAAUUUAUAAAGUAAAAAAACAUUUGGUUCAUUAACAAAAUAUAUUUUUUCUUAAAAUAUAGGUUGAAAUAAGUUCUUUCAUAAUACAAAAAAUUUAUAGUUUACUGUGGCAGAAUCUCAUUCAAAGAAUGCAGACCGGAUGAUUACUACUACAGCAAGACUUCAGAAUCAACAAUCAGUUGCACAGAUUGACUCUUCCCAUCUAUACCAAUGCCUGCUUCCUUUGGCUGCCAACUAUUCUAAGAAAAGGUCUCUCUGGGAUUGUAAAGGCCAAGGAUUGAAAUUCACCAAAGACAGAUUUAAUGGCCAUUGCGCUCUAUGCUAAGGGAAGAAAUAAAUUUAUGCCUGCUGA